UGACCAGAACUCUAGAAGACUGGAAGUCGGCCAUGGAUGAUUGUCUUCUAUUAUUUUAUCGUUCUCCAAACUCAUCGUUCCCAUAGCUGUGGAUGUGAAAAAUUUGGAAAAGGAUUUCAAUUCUGAACAUUCCUGACGCAUACUUUCUGAAUUGCUGCAAAAUAGAUAAUGGCCGGUUCCGAGACCAAGUUCUUGCAGGAGUUGGUUUUGUAUGCCGCGAGCGCCGCGUUGAGUUGCUUAGUUUUGUUUGUGGGUCUCCGGCAACUCGACCCGAACCGUGAGGCUUCAAAGAAGGCACUUGAGCACAAGAAGGAGAUAGCCAAGCGUCUGGGUCGUCCUCUCAUUCAAACAAACCCUUACGAGGAUGUUAUAGCUUGUGAUGUUAUAAAUCCUGAUGACAUUGAUGUGGAGUUUGAUUCCAUUGGAGGGCUGGAAAAGAUCAAGCAAGCUUUAUUUGAGCUGGUUAUACUGCCUCUUAAACGACCAGAGCUGUUUUCUUAUGGCAAGCUUCUUGGACCACAGAAAGGAGUGCUAUUGUAUGGACCCCCUGGUACUGGGAAAACCAUGCUUGCCAAAGCUAUUGCUAGGGAGUCUGGAGCUGUGUUUAUUAACGUGAGGAUAUCAAACCUGAUGAGCAAGUGGUUUGGUGAUGCUCAAAAGCUUGUGGCAGCUGUAUUUAGCCUGGCCUAUAAGCUCCAGCCUGCCAUUAUAUUCAUUGAUGAAGUUGACAGUUUUCUGGGUCAGCGCCGUUCAACAGAUCAUGAGGCAUUAUUAAACAUGAAAACUGAGUUUAUGUCCUUGUGGGAUGGAUUUACCACAGACCAAAAUGCUCGAGUCAUGGUCCUUGCAGCAACUAAUCGUCCUUCAGAGCUUGAUGAAGCGAUACUUAGGCGGCUUCCUCAAGCUUUUGAAAUUGGACUUCCAGAUGCAAAGGAGAGGGUUGAGAUAUUAAAGGUUAUCUUGAAGGGUGAGAGAAUUGACGACAACAUUGAUUUUGAUCACAUAGCUGGCUUGUGUGAGGGUUAUACGGGUUCAGAUUUAUUUGAACUCUGCAAGAAAGCUGCUUAUUUCCCUGUUAGGGACCUGCUAGAUGAAGAGAAAAGAGGGAAACAAUCUCCUGCACCAAGGCCAUUGUCACAAUCAGAUUUGGAGAAGGUCCUUACCUCUUCAAGGAAAACAAAGGUUGCUGCUAGUGAAUACAGCGGACUAACCUUACGUUCACCAAGAUGGACGGGGCACAGGGAGUCAGAGGAGGUUCAACGGUCAAGAUCGUGAUAGUAGCAGCAAGAAAGUGUCAAUCUUUGUAAAAUAAGUUCAAAGAUUUAGUCUAGUGGAGUAAGCUGAUGUUUGAACCAGGUUCUGACUAUUAUCUCCAGUAAGCUGCUAUUAAGACGAGUCCGAUCUAUGAUCAAUAGAGAAGUAAUGGCGUUGGACCUAACAAACAACUUUUUAAUAGAAGACGUUGGAGUUUCAAAGUUGCCAACAGCCAUCAAUGAUUGAGAGCUGAGGGAAAUAACUGGCGGUGCAGUGAAGAAGUGGGAUCUGAAUGAUUGUACUUCAAGGCUCAGAAGGUCUACCCACGCAACAUGAUGAUUAACACUACUACACUUUUUGAGAGGUGCAUGCUCUUUCCCAUCCUUCUCGCACUCUUUCAUGGAGAACCGGGGGGGAAGGGGGGGAACAUAAUUUUUUAAGUACUCUUUUUCCGGUGGGACCACUCUUCGAGGGGCAUGAGCAUGCCUUUCCUAGUUUCUCUCCCUUGCCCUGCCUGUAGCUUGGUUUGGUUGAUAAACUUUUGCAUCGUGGUUCCAUCAUUACUGACCACUGUUAUUGAGAAGAGAUCAGUGUUAAACAGAAGAAGAAAAAGUGAAGAGAGUGAAAAUGAUUUUAACAUGGAUUUGGGGUUUGUUUUGUGACCCUACUUUGUUUGGAGAUAUCCUUAGCCGGGUCCUUUGGAGACAGUAGACAUAGACGGUUGCAAAUGAUUAGGAAACAAAUGGCACAUAAUACGAUCUGAUUGUUUUUCUGAUAUAACUUUUGUAAUGAACACUGUAUUGAUUUGAACAAAGUUUUAGGCUUUUAGCCUUUUAGGUGACACAUUUAAAAUUCAAAUUCAAAUAGUAAAAAUGUUGUUGGAA